GGGCUGAAGGCGUUCUGCACGAGGAAAUAAAGCCCAGUGCAAUUACAGUGGCUUCUUGGUGUUUCUGUGCGAGAGGCGUCGAGUGUAAAAGCAGAUGACAUGUACGGCGCCGUGUUUCUCCUCGCGUUCAGCGGUUUCACCAGCCGUGCUGCUGAAGCGCUGGACAAUGGGCUGGCGCUGAAACCCACUAUGGGCUGGUUGCACUGGGAGAGAUUCAUGUGUAAUACAGACUGUGACAAGGAUCCAAAUAACUGCAUCAGUGAGGGUCUGUACAUGCAGAUGGCAGACGUGAUGGCGAAGGAGGGAUGGAAAGAGGCCGGCUACGAGUAUGUCUGCAUCGAUGAUUGCUGGCCCUCAUACCAGCGCAAUGCCCAGGGCCGCCUGCAGGCAGACCCCAAAAGAUUCCCGGGGGGCAUCAAGAAACUGGCCGACUAUAUCCAUUCUAGAGGUCUGAAGCUGGGUAUCUAUGCAGACGUGGGGAAAAAUACCUGCGCUGGAUACCCUGGAAGUCUGGGUUACUAUGAGACAGAUGCUCAGACUUUUGCUGACUGGGGUGUGGACCUGCUAAAGUUUGAUGGCUGCCAUAUGGACUGGAAAUUGCUGGGUGAAGGCUACGUGAACAUGUCAAAAGCACUGAACAAGACCGGAAGAAGCAUCCUGUACUCCUGUGAGUGGCCUUUGUAUGAGUGGCCCUUCCAACAGCCCAACUACACAGCCAUUCGUGAGACGUGUAACCACUGGCGCAACUUUGCUGACGUGUACGACUCAUGGAGCUCUGUCAAGUCCAUCCUUGACUGGACUGCUUCUCAUCAAGACAUCAUUGUCCCUUCAGCUGGACCUGGAGGCUGGAAUGACCCCGAUAUGCUCGUGAUAGGAAACUUUGGCCUGAGUCAUGACCAGCAGGAGUCUCAGAUGGCAUUAUGGGCCAUCAUGGCAGCCCCUCUGCUCAUGUCUAAUGAUCUGAGGGACAUUUGUCCUCGCUCCAAGGAGCUGCUGCAAAACAGACACAUCAUAGCCAUCAACCAGGACCCACUGGGCAAGCAGGGGUACCUUACUCUUAAGGUGGACAAUUUUGAAGUGUGGGAGAGGCCUCUAUCGAACCACCGACUGGCUAUCGCCGUGCUGAACAAACAGGAGAUCGGUGGUCCCAGAGGGUAUUUCAUCGGAGCGGUUCCUGGUUGGAAAAUUUGUGACCCCCAGUGUAACGUCACACAGAUCCUGCCUCAGUACAAGGAAAUGGGCAUUCAGACUUUACAUAGCAACAUGGUUUUAUCAGUCAACCCUUCGGGAACUGCUCUCCUGGUUGCGUCUCCCAUCAGCAGCGAUUUCAAGGGGCAUUACAAGCUGCACUGGAAGGACACGUCUGUCAGAACCAAGCACACUAUAAUGUUGUAGUUUGACAGGCAGUUGUCCACUUGAGCUGCCUCGGUGAUUUUGAUUAAAAGUGUUGAUCUUUUAAAGUUCGAACAGGUGUUCCUUUUUUAAAAAAAUUGAGUGUUUUAACGGGGAAAUGUUUUAUACUCAGCUGAGAUUUUGUGAAUCAGCUUGGAUGCUAUGAUUACAAUACACCUGUGACUUCUUGAUGUUGAAUAAAUCACUGGAAAAUGUUUUUACACGCUGUUGCAAACUGGCCAGACUAGGCAGCUGACAAAUUCAAUUAUCUUGACAAAAAGCUAGAAUUUUGCACACGCAACAAGCGAAAGAGUUGAAAGAAGGCCCAAACUAGAGAGUAUGUUUUAAUACAUUUAUUGAAAAUUUUGACAAAUUCCUCCAGAAAACUGGGCCACAGUUUAGAACUGGAUGACCUGGCCCUGUAAGAGAACAGAUGCAAAAACUUCAGUUAAAACGAUACUCAAGUUUAAUAUUGACAUGUCAACGAUUCAAACAGUUCACUCUAAAUGCUGCUAGAAAUUAAAACGAAUACCUAUGAUAAUUAAGAAGUUUUGUACUGCGUUCAAAUAAAGAUGGUUUUUGAUGA